AUGGAGUCAUUUCUGGGAACUUUGAAUUCUGCUACCCCCAAUACCACACUAGACGAUAUGCGUCCAGCUCUGGUUGAUCUACUCCCCAGUUUGGCCGCCCGGCAGCAAGCAAUGUGGCAACAAGCCUCUUUUGCCGGUGUUGAUUCCUCUGGUGGAAACGGUGUUGAAUCAGAUCGGUUGCAAACCGGCACUAUCUCAGACGAACCAGAACAUCUCGAUGGAACUCCACAGGAAUUACCACCGUUCGGUCCCCCACCUGUUUUGGUCUACGCCGUGGUGUUUGCACUGCUUGGAAUGCUGCUGUGUCUGUUCAUCGGUCUUGUCAUGCAACCAGACCCUACACUGUCCUGGAUCAAACUGAGCCGUUGUGAAGAAAAUACGAAUAACACGAUGGGUAACUCAGGUGAUGGUGACCGAAUCGCUCUGGUGCCAAAUCCUGCCCGUCUGUGUCAUAACAGUCGCCUGUCUCGAUGGUGUCGUGUGUUGCUGUUAAUAGGCUAUCUGUGUCUGAAAGCCGCGUACACAUUCGGGGUCACAUUGACCGCUCUGGUAAUUGUGAUUCGUUAUGUAACACGUGAACCAGCUGAUCGGUUGGCCAAUCUGCCCGAGUGGAACGGAGUAAGUGAUCAACCGGGAGAGUUUAUGGGCACCAGUCUGACACGGCAAAAGCUCCUACAAGAUGCCAUGGAUGUGCACUUGCGUGCUGAACUAAUCCGUCAACAGACUGAGGCACGUCGCAUGCGAGAUAUCUGUGAUCGUGGUAUCGAGGUUAUGUUCGAUCAAAUGGAAGCGCGCCUAGACGCGGCAUCCAAGCUAGCUGCGAGUCGACGCAGUCGGGUUCUUCUGUCCCAAGCAGUCGCCGAGUUGGCUCGAGCUACUGCACUGUCCUCAACUCUACAACUGGCUGAGGGACUAAUUGCAUUCAAUCAGACUGCAGAAUGGGCCAUGCAUCGGCUCAAAUCGGAUCUUGUUGACACGGAACGUGCUUUGGGCAACUCCGAUUGGCUGACGGGUGCACGGAUAAUUUACGCGGAGGUGGUUCGAUUACGUGGUCUAACACCGGAUCCGGCUGACCCAACUCGUUCUUUCCUGGACUGGGCUAAACUGACCUCAGGUCAAACUCCACGCGGAUUGGAUGACCUGGCCACUGCGUUCGGAUCUGGUGUAAAGCAUCGAGCAAUGCUUUUACCGCUACUUCAACCGGAUCAGUUCCGCAUACCCACACCACCUCCUCUGUCACGGUCCGGUGGAACAGGAGUCGGUGCGGACUCUGACGAACCAGAAUAUGGACCGAAAUAUAUCCCAUUCGUGCCCAGUGCGAUUGAUGCCGAGACUAACGAAGCGUUUUGGACAAACUAUGAUUCGGAAUCCAAUCUGUCGGGCUUGGGAAUGGACGAUUUGCUGGAUGCGAACGGAGAUCACGAACAAUCUGCACACCCGGGGACCGGAAGCGCAGCACCCUCGAGAGUGACCACUACCGGUUCCGUAGCUAGCAAUUCCCCGGCCUCUGCCGGAUUCAUGCUAUCCAAUUUGCAAUUGGGUUGGGUUCAUGUGCUCGGGGCGGCUCUAUUGUUAGACGCAUUGUGGCUCAUUCAUCGAGUGUUACACACGGUGGACACGGCGGAGAGAAUACUGUACGGAGACACAAUGUUCAUUGACCUGACUGCCGAAGGUACUAUAUCUUGGAUUCGAAAGCGAUUGGCGCAGAAGAGUCGAUUACGAAAUGGCUGUAAACAUGCGUUUGAGACGGCUAUGCAACCUGGUGCAGUGCGUAAGUUAUGCGGUAGCGUGCUUGCGCUUCUGAUCGUCUCGCAAGCUGCGGCUCAUCUGGAUCGCUUGCUAUCCCAAGACACUUUGGACUAUAUUGGGUACUAUGAUAACCUGAUACUGCCUGUCCAUUUACAUGCGCGAUUGGUUAAUGUACAUGUGAGCAGAUCUGCUCAGCGAUUGAAUCAGUAUGAUGUGGCCGGGUUGGAAUCAGAAGUGAGUCGUCGAUUACGUGAGGCUCAAUUCCUUCUGCACCAAUGGACUGCCUGGCUGAAAGAUAUUGAACAGGAGCAGUGUCGUCUAUUGCUCGCGUAUAAGGCGUCUGCACAACAGGUUCGCACUAAAAUGGCUGCAAAAAUCAAUCGCAAUCCCGGUUUGAGCAAACUCCAACUGCCCAUUCAUGUGAUUCAUAGUCAGACACAGCCUGGACCGGGUUACGGCCACGCAUCAGGCGUGUCCGGAUGGUCUGAACUACGUGCCGAAGUGGGUGAUUCCCAUCGGUCAGCCAAUCCCGAAGCUCUGGUGCCUCGACACUGUCGACUAACCCAAUCGGAACAGGAAUUGGAAUUAGCCGAGUCCCGGCAACUGGAUCCACCGCAUUGUCCAUUGAAUGCAAUCGUACCCGUGCUAUUUGAAGGGUAG